CGCCCGCCUUUUAAAACGCACAAUCCUUUUGAUGCGCCUCCUCUCGCUCGUGAGCUCCCGAGGCCGCUCGCUACAUCGGCCCGGUUGUUUCAUUUGAUUCUUUUUUCUUUAUUCGUUCACGUCUCCUCGGCCGCUGCCUCCAUAUUCGGUGAAUCGUUGUGUUUUUUCUCUCGGAGCGCCGCUGCAACGGGAGACCGAUCAGCCUCCAGCCGCGACCACAGAUGAGGAGCGCGAGCCAACCGUGGAAACGGGGGAACCCUUCAUCCUUUACCUUUUGAAUACUACGCAGCGACGCCUGCGCGCUGAUACUGGAUUCUAGCCCGGCCCGGUAGCCUCUCGGUCCGGUGCCCAGAACCAGCGGCGGUGCACUGAGCAGGGGAGGGAGAACCCGAGAGCAUCCCUCCAUUCCCACCCGGACUAUCCUCCCCUGCCUCCCCCCCCUCCCUCCCGCUCUCUCGUUCUCUCUCUCUCUCUGUCGCCCCAUCACAUGCCAGAGCUCUAGCGGGGGUCUCGUCGAAAGUCAGGGAACCAGGGGUGCGAGGGGAAGUUGGGGGGAGAAGAAGGAGGAGGAGAAGAAGGAGGAGGGAGGCUGUCCGUUGCGGCCGCGGCAGACGCAACCCUGCGCGCGCUGAGGCUGAGGCUGCCGCCGUGUUUUUGGAGGAUGCUGCGGGAGUAAGAGCGGCCUCCGAGCGGAAGAUGGGGAAGGACCAGGAGCUGCUGCAGGCGGUGAAGACCGAGGACCUGCUCACCGUGCAGAAGCUGCUGCAAAGGCCCCGGCCAGGGAAAGCAAAGCUCCUCGGGUCGGCAAAGAAAGUGAAUGUCAACUUCCAGGACACAGACGGGUUUUCUCCACUGCAUCAUGCAUCGCUCAAUGGAAACCUGGAGCUCAUCACUCUGCUGCUGGAGUCACAGGCUGCUGUCGACAUCAGAGACCAGAAAGGUAUGCGGCCGCUGCACUACGCAGCCUGGCAGGGGAAGGCGGAGCCUAUGAAGAUGCUGCUUAAGGCCGGCUCGUCCGUCAACGGCCAAUCGGAUGAGGGACAGAUUCCCCUCCACCUGGCAGCACAGCACGGCCACUACGACGUGUCGGAGAUGCUGCUGCAGCAUCAGUCCAACCCGUGCCUGGUGGACAACGCGGGGAAAACGCCUCUGGACCUGGCCUGCGAGUUCGGCCGAGUCGGGGUGGUCCAGUUGUUGCUGUCCAGCAACAUGUGUGCUGCCUUGCUGGAGCCCAAGAAAGGAGACACCACCGACCCCAACGGGACGUCUCCGCUCCACCUGGCCGCCAAGAACGGACACAUCGACAUCAUCAGGCUGUUGAUCCAGGCAGGUAUCGACAUCAACCGACAGACCAAAGCGGGCACUGCCCUGCACGAGGCCGCCCUGUGUGGAAAGACCGAGGCGGUGAGACUCCUGCUGGAGAGCGGGAUCAACGCCGCCGUGAGAAACACCUACAGCCAGACUGCACUCGACAUCGUCUACCAGUUCACUGCAACGCAAGCCAGCAGAGAGAUCAAGCAACUGCUGAGGGAUGCGUCAGCAGCCCUUCAGGUUCGGGCUCUGAAGGACUACUGCAACAACUACGACCUGACCAGCCUGAACAUCAAAGCAGGAGACGUCAUUACGGUUUUGGAGCAGCACCCCGACGGUCGCUGGAAAGGCUGUAUCCAUGACAACCGAACAGGAAAUGACCGAGUGGGCUACUUCCCUUCCACCAUGGUGGAAGUCAUCAGCAAGCGCACAGGUUUGGCCAGCACAGUCAUUUGCACCCAACAGUUUCAAAAGAUACCGCUGGUUCCUCCGGCGACGGUUGCCCCUGCCAACGCGGUAGUCAACGGCAACGACACCACGUUCCAUCAGAUCCAUAUCCUGCCUCCACCGCCUCCUCCUCCUCCACCACAUUCCCAUCAGCCACUGCUUCCACUUUUCACUUCCUUUGGCUAUAGCAAGUCGCCCGUGACAACCCCACUGGGAGACACACCCACUGCCCCAGGUUGUCGCGGCUCAGAGGCAAGUCCUCACAGCUCUCCCACCACAUCCUGCGGGCCCCAUGGAGGCUCCAACGAAGAAAUCUGGGUACUGCGCAAGCCCGUGGCAGCUGGAGACCGGAGCAGUAUGGGUAGUUCUGGCAGCGUGGCCAGCGUGAGGUCGUCGGGCAGCGGUCAGAGCGCCGGCAGUGGGCAGCACGUCCUCCAUCCACAGGCUGAGGGCGUUAAGCUUCUGGCCACCGUCUUGUCCCAGUCUGCCAAAGCCAAGGAGCAUCUGCUGGAGCAGUCCAAGUCUGUGGACCAGCCUGCAGGCUCCGCCAGCUCCUCUCGGACAUCCAGCCAAUCGGGCUGUCCACUCCACGAGGCGCCGCCUUACGAUGUCGCAACGACCAGGAAGGGGGAGGGGCAAGGCGAGGGGAAGAGCUCAGAGGCCGUUGUCCAAUGGCUGAGCGACUUUCAGCUGCAGGUCUACGCUCCGAACUUCCUGGGCGCUGGGUAUGACUUGCCCACCAUUAGCCGAAUGACCCCGGAGGAUCUGACAGCUAUUGGAAUAACUAAACCAGGUCACAGAAAGAAGAUGACCUCCGAGAUUAACAAACUAAGUGUCACCGAGCGGCUGCCUGAACAGAAACCCGCCAAUCUCGGAGAAUGGCUGUCUGCUAUUGGUCUAAACCAGUACCACCAAGUGUUGGUGCAGAACGGUUACGAGAACAUCGAGUUCAUCACUGACAUCACCUGGGAGGAUCUGCAGGAAAUAGGCAUCAUCAAACUGGGCCACCAGAAGAAGCUGAUGCUGGCGGUGAAGCGGCUGGCCGAACUGCAGCGCAGCUCAGAGGGGCGGGGCUCCCUCAGGAAGAAGCCCCCGCCAAUCACACAACAGCAGGAAGUCCUGUCGCUGGACGGUCCACCUCUAGACGAGGUCAUGUCUCCGAAGAUGAACACUUUCCAGGACAGUGAGUUGAGCUCCGAGCUACAGAGCGCCAUGACCCAGCCAGGCCAGGAGGUCAAAGUGCAGCGAACACGCAGCAAGGACCACGAUGAGGGGAUGACAGGAGGGGGAGGGGGAGGAGGAGGAGGAGGAGGUGCUGGCCCACCUAAGAAGGAGGCGCGGACUAUGAGGCAGCAGAGCAGCCAGGGAAGCGCCUCCUCCCACAGAGGCAGUAUCUCCUCUCAAGGCAAACACCGCCACUCCCACUCCCAUUCGCAGCCUGCACCUCCCUACACGCCCCCUCACACUCCGACCAAGACCAGAACCUCGUCUUCCUCCUCCUCCAGCUCUUCUGUCCAGAGCUCAGCAUCUCCGCAGGCCAAACAUAAGCCGUGUCCCCAGUUCGCCCAGGGGGAGGGGCCUCAGUCGCCGCGCUCACACCCCCCUCAGUCUCCGACCCAACGCGAGCCGCCGUGCACCCAGCAACAGCAGCAGCCUCAAGUCCUGCCGCACCACCAGGCGCACCCUCAGCACCAACCGCAGACGCAGGUCACGGCGGUGAAAGAGAACCAACAACCGCCGGUGCCGCUCCUCCGCCUCCCACCGGAGUCGGAGCGGGCCGAGGGAGAAGGGGACGAGUCUUCGGCGCUCCAGAAGAACCGGCCCCACAGCCUCAGCCGCCACGCCGCCUCGGACGGCGAGUGCGACGAGAGGGCGGAAGGAGGUCGGGGACGGGAGGGAGGAGGAGAGGCGGAGGUGGUGGGCGGAGAUCAGGGCUCCGCCGUCGCCAGAGGGGAGCGAGUCAAAUAUGCGACGGUGACCCACCGUGUCAGCCGCAGCCACUCGGUGCGCAACCAGGACAAGACGGCCAACCGCAACCAGACGAUGCCCUUUCCCCUGCGCCAAAAGAAGAAGGGCCCGCCGCCGCCGCCGCCCAAACGCUCCAGCUCCGCCAUCUCCACCUCGAACUCCAACCUGACGGAGGCGAGCGCGCAGCCGCACGAACUCACCACCACGGGGGGGGUGCUGGAUGUGCCUUACCACCAACAGCGACGGGCCAGCGACCUGGGGAUGUCCGUGGAGGCGGCUCCUGUGGAGAAGAGCAGCGUGGGUAGUGUGAGGAGCAUCGCCGCCAUGUUGGAGAUGUCUUCCAUAGGAGGCGGAGCCAAAGGCAUCGCACUGCAAAAGAAUUUCCUGCAGGUGGGGAAAACACGCGAUGCCAUUGGCCUGGACGGUGAGGUGGUGAACCGACGGCGGACCAUAAGUGGCCCGGUCACUGAGCUGGUGGCGGCUGCCAGGCGCGAACAACCGGCUCCCUCUGCUUUACCCUCUCCCUUCGUCCAGGCCCAAAACAACCCUCUACCUGACCAUCCCUCCUCCCCCAACCCUCCCGCCUCCCCCCACCCGAGCUCGGGAGACAGUGGCAGUUCUUCUGAAAACCUGCCAUUCGCUGAUGAGGGAAGUCUGACCAUCCGCCGCCAGGGUCGAGGAGAAGGAGAAGGACAGUGUGUAUUUUGUGUUUGUCUGCAGGGUGACGGCGAGGAUCCCCAGGGAGACGGGGGCUACAGGCAGGAGGACAUCUCCAGGGUCGAGGCCACGGCGACCUUGAAGCGACGGGCCCGCAGCUCCAAGCCCCACCCCAACGGCGCCGACUUCACCCUCCAGGAGUCGUCCACCGUCAAGCGGCGGCCCAAGAGUCGCGACAAGGAGCCGGAGGGCUACGCCGACCUGGCGCCGCCAAACACCACGCAACCGGUGCCCUACCAGAACGGCACGGCCACAGUGAAACGCCGCCCGCCGUCCGAUUCUGGAGUGACCGAGCAGCCGCAGCCGCAGCCGCAAAUGACUGCUGCACCCCGCAGGGCCAGCACGGAUCAAGGCGCUCCAGUGGCCAAUGAAGGAGGUCCCGUGAGAAAACCGAAGCCUCCGGUCUCCCCGAAGCCCGUCGUGGCACAGAUAAAGAGACAGGCGGGCCCACAGACUCCUCCCCCUUUGGUCUCCAACAAGAGGGUCCCCCUGCCUGGCCCUGGGACGCCGGGAAGCCCAGUGGAAGGAAAGAAGAUCCCGCCCCCCGUCUCGCCGAAACCGGCGCCGCCGCCCACAGCACCCAAACCGGCCAAGCUCAUCCACUCCAUGACCAGCCCCUCCUCCCCGAGCUCUGCCGCGGUCAAACAGCACCCCGCGGUGACCCGACAGGUCAGCUCGCCGCCCUGCUUCCCUCCUUCCCACAUCCCCGGCCCGCCGAACGCCAAGUCGCCGAGCCCGUCUCCCCAGAGCCCGCGCACGCCGCAGACCCCCACCACGCCACAGACUCCCGCCACCCCCAGCCCGACCCCGCCACCCGUCAAGCCCCCACGCUCCUCGAUCGGCGGGGUGUCGGUUGACAGCGGGAUGGCGGGAGGCGGAGUCGCGGCGCCCGCCGCUACGACUCCGGAUUUUGGCGCCGAUUCAUUGGUGCAUCAGAAGCUGGAGGAGACGAGUGCGUCGCUGGCCGCGGCUCUGCAGGCUGUGGAGGAUAAGAUACUGCGGCAGGAUGACUCCGUGGCUGAGCAGAAGACCACGGUUAGCAUCCUCGACGACAUCGGCAGCAUGUUUGAUGACCUCGCCGACCAGCUGGACGCCAUGUUGGAGUAACCACAGAAACCGCUCGGCGUGUCUCCACGGCAACGCUGCAACAGGACUGACUCAGAUGGCACAAUGGGCGACGAGCCUCUUUCUCUCUCUCUCUCUUCAUCCUUCUCUCUCUCUCUGCCGUGCUUAUCCCCUCUUCACCCCUCCUGUCGUUCAUCCGCCGCCGCUCUGGAACACCUCAUCUCUCCUCCUCUUCCUCUCGCCUCCUGUUGAUGAUGUAACUGAUGAGGAGCAGCGCCACAGGCCUGGACUGACAUGUGGCAGAGAGAGAGCAAGAAUCAAGGAUGUAAUGGAGGAGAGACACUAAAAGAGAGAUGGUAUUUUAAAAAAGGACCAAAAACAGAUGAUGUGGGGAGAAAAAAAUAAUAAUGAAAAGAUGAAGAAAUGCAACAAAAACGGAUGAAAAAAAAAACUUGUUUUUUUUCCAGAACUCCACAUGGACGAACAAAUAAACUAAACUAAUAAUAGUGAUUGAAAAAACAACUGUGUAACAAAUCACAGUAUGGCGUGUGUACAUUCUAAGCAUGGAGAGUUUAUAUCUACUGAAAAAAAAGCCCUGCAUUAGCACAGUAAUAUAUAUAUAUAUACAUAUAUAUAUAAUAUACCGAUAAAUAUGAAUCUCUAUCUCUUUGGUUUGAUGUCUUGGUUCUGUGUUGAAUGGUGACCUCUGGUGUUGUGACGAUGUAAAGGAAAGAUUUUUAAUCUGUGACCAAAACGAGACUAUUCAGCUCAUGAGGCUUGUGUGUGUGAGUGUGUGUGAGAGAGUGUGUGUGUGUGUGUGUGUGUGAGAGUGAGAUAAGACAGUGUGACGGACGUGUGUGUGAGCUUGUCGGAAUUUCAGGAUCAAAUUCAGUUUCCUGGCUGCAUUCAUACACUCUGCUGCAUCCUCAUGCCCCCCCCCCCCAACAUAGAUGCACACCUACAGGACAAACAAGCACAAUGACCCGCACACGCACACAGUGGAACCCGCACAAUGUGGAUGUCAAAAGAAAGAGAAGCUAUACAGGAUUGUUAAGAUGUCGCUGAGGUUUUUCUUCUCGAAGGGUCAAAGGUCAGAGAUCAGAUCGGGAGAGGUAGAGCGAACUCAGCCGGACCAACUUGACAGUUUCGAAUCAUUCCUGCUAUCUCUGAAGGAGACGCGGAGCAACACACUUAACCCCCCCCCCCUGUCUCCUCUGUCUCCUCCCCCCUCAUUUAGAAAACUGAUCAACCUUUUGACUGAAACGCAAUUUUUAAAACACUUUUUAAGUUGAUGCAACCUUUUCCUCUCCCGAUAAACAGAGAAGAGGACUACCAAGCAGUCUUCUUUCCAUCCACAUCUCUCUCGUCCCACGCUCUCCUAAUCACCCCGUUCCGUUGCCAUGACAAUCUACAUCAUCACCCUCACCAUUCUGCGUUGCCAUCGCCACGGCGACCACGCAGUGUGUCGCCGCGACUUGGGAUAACGAAAAAAAAAGAAGAAAAAAAAGUGCUGAUGGAGCGAGCGGCAACAGAGGUCUGUGAAGCUGGAUGGUUUGAUUCAGUGCAGUUUAAAGGGGCACUACCCAUAAUGCAUCUCUUUCAUAAGACCCUUUUUGCCCAGUAAACGCCCAAAUCUUCCAAACGUUAAACAGGCUCUCAGUUAUAAAAUAAUAACCCUGAUGACGUCAGUAUUACAUCAUUAAUACUUAUUAUUUUAGAUUUGACAAAACUCCUCAAGAGCCACAAAGGAUAUUUAUAUACGUACCAGGACCAGUGGACUGGUAGGGAGUCAGGCUGCUGGGCCUCUUUUAAACCCUGAACAAACCAGAACCCGGCGACUCCGAUAUCCCAUACAAAAAUCCAAAGCUCCAUGGCAGCCACACCCCUUAUAUAAAUGACCAAGAAUUCAGAGAAUAGUUGUGGUGUUUAAAUUAUGAUCACAUAUAAGAUUAUAUAUAUGGAUAUUUGCAACAACAAACAAUAAAUGUAUUUAUGAUGUGUGUGUGUCAUCCUGAAGACUAUUUUUAAAACAGGUCUAAUCUGAGUGUUGAGUUGCUUCUCCACGCUUCAGUGGUCCGAGCUGAUGAAUCAUUGUAGGAUACCAUGUUGGGAUAUUUCCAUAUUUCUUUGUGUGUCCAGCUGUGGCGAUGUGUAUAAUACGAGCGAUUAUCGUUGUUCCGUUUUAUUCUUUUUGUAUGAGUUCAAAUGCAAUGUUCCGUUUUCUUUCUUUGAAACAUGUGCCUUGCUUUGUGAUUUUGGUCUGACUACAGUACAAUAGAUGGUUAUGUACGAUAUACAGGACUGUCUCAGAAAAUUAGAAUAUUGUGAUAAAGUUCUUUAUUUUCUGUAAUGCAAUUAAAAAAACAAAAAUGUCAUGCAUUCUGGAUUCAUUACAAAUCAACUGAAAUAUUGCAAGCCUUUUAUUCUUUUAAUUUGGCUGAUUAUGGCUUACAGCUUAAGAAAACUCUAAAAUCCUAUCUCAUAAAAUUUUAAUAUUUCCUCAGACCAAGUAAAAAAAAAGAUUUAUAACAGCUGAGUGUUUGUCAAGGCUCAGGAAACCCUUGCAGGUGUUUCGAGUUAAUUAGACAAUUCAAGUGAUUUGUUUAAUACCCUACUAGUAUACUUUUUCAUGAUAUUCUAAUAUUUAGAGAUAGGAUAUUUGAGUUUUCUUAAGCUGUAAGCCAUAAUCAGCAAUAAAUCAGAAUAAAAGGCUUGCAAUAUUUCAGUUGAUUUGUAAUGAAUCCAGAAUGCAUGACAUUUUUGUUUUUUUAAUUGCAUUACAGAAAAUAAAGAACUUCAUCACAAUAUUCUAAUUUUCUGAGACAGUCCUGUAUAUGAGCAUCUCUCUCUCUCUCUCUCUCUCUCUCUCUCUCUCUCUCUCUCUCUCUCUCAUUCUGUUUAGCUCCCUCAGUUCAUAUGCCCCCCCCCCCCCCUCACCCUCACAGAUGAGAUGUGAUAUUUGUAACAUAGAAUCAUCAGAACUCAGCAAAACCCAGGUAACAUCUCUCCACCGUCUCCAUCGGACCGGACCAUGAGAGAACGACGUAUUCCAAUUUUUGUCCGAAUAAUUACGGAAAUAAUGUGCUACAUACAAAAUUAAAAAAGAAGCUAUUUUUCUUUCUAGCUGAGAGUAUGAAGCUACAGAUGGUUAGCUUAGCGUAGCAUAGAUAUAAAAGACAGAGAAGCUAAGCUAUGCUAACCAGCGUCACGGCGUCAACCCUCUCGUCCGUGUUUAUGUGACAUUUUCGAAGCAGGAAGCAAGUAUCUCAAAUAUAUACUGUAGCACGCGAAUGAACCCAUGGUCAAUCCCCCUGAUCGAAGGCUUCACAGGGGUCAAAGGUCAACUCCCGUUCCCUCACUCACUUUCAUCCCCACACACCGCUUUCUGAACCCGUCGCGUGGAAGCAGCAUUCCCUCAUUCUGGUCGGCGCUCAUGUUGUAGGCGUUAUGUUUUUUUGUGUGUGCUUGUGUGGCGGAGAAAUACACACAAAGUUGUUAUUGAACAAAAAGUACAUCUUUUUCUUUUCUUUUCUUAUUAAAAGAUGGAGCCAAGCUGUUUUUAUUUGGUUCGUACUUAUCUGAACAGAUAAGAGCUCAAGUCUCCUCGCCCCGCAGUGACUAUGUGAAUGCUCCAGAGGCCGUGUGUGCGUUCUCAGUUGCUCUGCUAUUGACCGUAUGAACCUUGUGCGCGCGUGUGCGUGUGUGUGUGUGUGUGUGUGUGCUGUAGUGACUGGACAGUGGUGUGCUUGCAGUGACUGCAUCUUAUGGCCAUCUGCUCUGAAUAAAUAAAUGUUCUAUACAAACUG